AGCAGCAGCUGCAAAGAUGCACGACACAGAAAAACAACGGGAAAUGAGAAGGAUGCAAAGGCAGGACACGGAGGCAAAGUAACCACAGAAAAGAAAUCAUCCGAGAUGCUCCGAGACACCGAGGAACACCGUAUUCGUUGCACACUUUGGAGAUAAAAACGCGUAGAGAGCUCGGAUCGCGCAUUGAUCCAAAUACAGAGAACGGGAGGGGUCGAUCAUGGGGAACGAAGCGAGCCUAGAGGGAGGCGAAGGGCCACCGUCUGGUCUAUCUGGGGGGCUGGCACCGGACGGGAAGGGCGGCUUUGUCCAGGUCUCCGAUGGGACUCCGGUCAACCCGAGUGAACUCAGCGUGGAGAAGAGGACGCAGCUCGAUGCGACGGUGUCAAAGGCACAAGGCAGGGAGCCCGAAGGCGCAGCAGCUUUACGAAGGCCUUCAGAGUCUGAUGCCCAGCACAGAUCCCAGCAGGCAGGGGCCUCCAGAGGCCCCGCAGGUCUCAGUAAGAGCCGUACUGUAGAUGCCUUCAACCAGGGUCCGCCUGGCAAACCAGCACCGGGUCGCAGCCCUUCAUCCCUAAGCCUUUUUGAAUCCAGAUUCCGGCAGGAGCCAAAAGUUCCAGAGCCCAAGUCAUCCGGCAUGUUUGGCUCCAGCUUUCUCAGUGGGGCCAACCCCCUCAGUGCAAUGUCAUCUAUGACUUCUUCUGUCUCCUCAUCCAUAUCCUCCAUGAGUGAUGCUGUCAGCAUCCCCAAGUUUGGACUGUUUGGGGAUGACGAGGAAGGAGACACACCUGCACCUGAAUCCAAGCUGGGAGGAAAGCCACCAGCCAAGAGCCCUGAAAAAGGGCCAGCUCCAAAGGGACCACAACAGGGAGGGCUCCAGAAACAGGGCCAGGGACCCCCUGGGCAGGGGCCAAAACCAGAGCAAGGGCCCUCAAGGCAGGGGCCCAGGCAAGGCCAAGGGCCCCCAGGGCAGGGACCAAAGUCAGGUCAGGGUUCUUCUAUCCAAGGACCCUCUGGGCAGGCCUCCAGGCAAGGUCAGGGACCACUAGGCCAGAGACCCCCAGGGCAGCAGGCCUCCAAACUAGGUCAAGGACCAGGUGCCAAACAAGGAGGCCCUCCACCACAAAAAGGUGGCCUCCCACAACAAGGACCUGGUAAGCCUGGACCCAAGCAGCAAGGGCCACCUGGCCCCGGGGCUCAUUCAGGGGAGCCAGCUAGAAGUGGAGGGCCUCCUGCUCAGCAGGGGGCUGGAAAGCCUGGAGGUGGCCUCUGUCCACUGUGUAAGACCACCCAGCUAAACACUGGGUCCGAGGACCCACCUAAUUAUAAUAACUGCACAGACUGCAAGAACCAGGUCUGCAGCCUCUGUGGGUUUAGCCUCCCAGACUCAGCGGGUAAAGAGUGGCUGUGUCUGAACUGCCAGAUGCAGCGAGCAAUGGGAGGUAUGGAUCCCCCUGGUGUGACAAAGCCCAAACAAGACUCGGCCCCACCCUCACCCCAGAAACAGGUUCCUGGCAAGCUGGUGAUAAAACAGCAGAGUACCACAGAGCAAGGGUUAACCCCGCCAACCACACCUAGGCAGAAAUCCCCAGGUCCUGCUUCUCCAGGACCACUUUCCCCAGGCUCCUCAAUGGCAGGAUCCCCCAAAAUUGAUCCCAAGACCAGUCGCCCUCUUCAGUCGAGUCCUCAGCAGUCUCCAGCUAAGGCCAAACAGGAAUCCAGCUUCUUUGGGGGAUUAGGAGGUAUCACUUUGGGAGGCCUGACCGAUGUAACUAAACCUCCUGCAGCUACUUCACAAGCUGCUGACUCUGUUAGAGGGAAACUGUUUGGGGGGUUUGGCAGUUUGAUGGAUUCAUCAAAGUCAGCUGCACCAAAGCAGGAAGAGUCAGUAGCUGGAAAGUUGUUUGGAGGUUUUGGAGGUUUGACAGAAUCAGCAAAACCUCCUGCUGCUGCUUCUCAGAUGUUCAGCUUUGGUUCAUCCCUAUUGAGCUCAGCCACAAGUCUUGUUACUGGAGAGGACGAGAAGGCGCCAGACACCUUAUCAGUUUUCCCUCCAGAUUCUGGCACCGGCUUGCCACCGGACUCCACUUUCUCUGUACCUGGGUCUCGUCCUGAUUCAGGCUCUGUUCCAGACACCCCAGCUGCUAAGUCUACAAAAACCCCCCAAACCAAUUCUGUGGAGCAGGAUGAGAAGGCCCCAGCAGCCAAACCUGCACCUGCUUCAACAACCAAGGAAACUUGCCCUCUUUGCAACAUGGAGCUGAAUGAUGGAUCGACAGACACGCCCAGCUACAGCCUCUGCACUGAAUGCAAGAAGACAGUGUGCAGUCGGUGCGGAUUCAACCCUACUCCCCAUUUAGGAGAGAAAGAAUGGCUUUGCCUCAACUGCCAGACCCAAAGAGCCAUGUCAGGCCAACUGGGAGACAUGCCACCUCCAGCCGCAGCUUCUCCAAAGAAGAAACCACCGGCUUCUGACCCUUCCUCUACCCCUUCUCCUGCUGCUGUAGAUGGCAAACCUGUAGAAGAAGCAGCAGACCUAACCCCACCAGCUCCUGAGGCCAAGGUGAAAAUAGUGGAGACCUUGAAACAGCCUGGAGAGAAAGAAAUGGCAGCAAAAGAGGGCAGUCCUACCAGCCCACCUGACCUAGCAAGGCUGGAAAGCACAGUUCUUCCUAUUCUUGUGGCCCAGGCAGACUCACAGCCAAAGGAAGAGGAGGAGAAACUAACAGAUGGCCAAAAGACUAGACGUAAACUAGAGGUACUUCCUCUCACAUCUGACUCACCAAGCUCAGAGGAUGACAGAGAACUUUCUGAGAAAAACACCAAAGGUACGCUAAAGAAAAAACUCCUUGUGUCCAUGGAUGUCAAGGCAGAUUCCCUUGAUGAUAGCAGUGAAAGCUUUGGAAAGGAAAGCCCAAUUUCAGGGGAUGAUGAGGAAUUUAUCCGAAAACAGAUAAUUGAAAUGAGUGAGAAUGAGGAUGCAUCCCCUUCUGAUGAAGAGAACCUAAUCCAGCGCAAAAUCAGAGAGCAUGGGAAAAAACAAACAGAAAAGAAGAAAACAGAGGCUGUGGAGAAGAGCAUAUCAGGAAAAAACAGGCGACUUACCAAGAAGAGCACUAUAAGUCCAGAUGAUGAGAAAAAUAAGCAGUUCUACAGCUCAUUGGAUAAAGCUGAUGUAGACAAACAGGAGGGACCAGAACCAAAAGAAGAGGAGCAUCAGAGUGGUACUGCAGUUUGCAAAUUCCAAAUUAUGGAGUUGAAUGCCACCAGCAGCCCUAUGUGUAUACUUAAUGAUCAUGGAGAGCCUGAAAUGGAAAGCCUUACAGACUCUCCAGAUGAUCGGUCUAGAGGUGAGGGGUCAUCCAGUUUGCAUGCAUCCAGCUUCACCCCUGGGACAUCUCCAACAUCCCUCUCAUCACUGGAUGAAGACAGUGACAGUAGUAGUCCCAGCCAUAUCCAUUCUGGUGAGGGUAAACAACACAGGAAAGCCAAACACAGACAAUCUGGCCAAAUGCUCCCAACUAUUGAAGACUCGUCUGAGGAAGAUGAGUUACGGGAAGAAGAGGAGCUGCUCAGAGAGCAAGAAAAACAGAAGGGCUCAGGGAAAAAAUCUAAGAAAGACAAAGAUGAGAUUCGAGCCCAAAGAAGGCGAGAGCAUCCAAAGACACCACCAAGUAACCUUUCCCCAAUUGAAGAUGCUUCACCAACAGAGGAACUGAGACAAGAAGCUGAAAUGGAAGAGAUUAGGCGAUCAUCUUGCUCUGAUUUUUCCCCCAGUAUUGAAUCAGAUCCUGAAGGGUCUGAAGUUCAUGCUUCAAAGAUUUCAGCAGUCCAGAAAACAUAUCAACUGCCUACAUCAGUAUCUCUUCACUCGCCAACAGAUGAUCAAAAUAUUGAUAAACUACAGAAAAAAUCUCUUAAAAGUGCUGAUGAGGCCUAUGAAGAAAUAAUGCUGAGGGCUAAGUCUCCAACAGUUGACAAAGGCGAGAUUCAGCCAGAAAAAGAGUCCCUCUAUGGAGGCAUGCUCAUUGAAGACUAUGCCUAUGCAUCUCUUAUUGACAAUUCAGCAACUGAUCUGGAGGAACCAGAGAAGAUUGUUGUUCCUGUUCAGCCCAAAAAGCUGAGAUCACCAGAUGAGGUCUAUGAAGAUGUGCUAAAGAAAAGGAAGGAAUUCAUGCACCUGGAACAGGAAUUUCUAAAUAUGCAGUCAAAAAAUGAAAGUACUAAUCCAGAAAUUAUUUUGCAACCAGCUGACAAUAGCUGCAUUAAAAGCACUACAGUAAUAUUAGGCAAGGAUGGAAAGCCAUUGUUGGAUGCUGAAGCUGCCUAUGAAGAGCUAAUGAAAAAAGUUCUGUCUCCUGGAAGAAAUCCAACUCAACAGGAUCCAGAAGUAGCAGCUACUGCAUCUAGAAGGGCGCUCCACCCCAUCCCAGACCUAAAGGUUACUCAGUGCUCUUCGGGAGAGUUAUCUUCUGAUGAUGAGAUUAUAAUUAAAAAGGAAGAGGAGAUAACUGUAGUAUCAGAAGCAACAUCAGCUAUAGAAACUGAACCCGUGACAGUGUUUUCUGGGUCUUUUCCAUCAUCCACAUCAGAUCAGCAACCUCACACCACAAUGGCUGCAUCCCAGGCUGAUGUUGUAAACUUAUCUAAUGCAAUUCCAAGAACAUCAACCCCUGUGAUUGGCAGUGUAUCACCCUUGCCCACAGUACCACAGUACACACCCAGUAUUUCCAGUGUGGUGUCAACUGCCCCACCUGUACCCCCUAAGCCAAAUGUCCUGCGUAGGGCUAAUUCUCAGGAAAAAGCAGAAGUACCUGUUGCACCACCUUUGCCUCCUUCCACCUCAAAACCUACUGUUUUUCCCAGGAAACCUCCAGUUCCACUUCCACCUCAGGCUUCAGCAACUCUAAUCAGACCAGAAGUGGUGGCUAUGACUACAGUGCAAGGGCCACCUACAAGGCAAAUUGUUACACCAAUGUACAAAACUCAUGUACCCCCUCCUGUUCCCCCAAAGCCAUCCAUGCCUGCUGGGAUUGGAGAUAGCCACAGACCAGGACAUGGUGUCAAACCACCAAUUGCGCCGAAGCCUGGUUCACAGCCUUCUUCACCUGCCCAUACCACACAUCCAACAAGACCCAUUAUACUUCCCACUGAUCAUACUGACAUACCCCUCAAUCUGAGCCCCUCUUCUGAGAGCAAGCCUUUUCAACCUUCACCUAAGUCCCCUUCUUCUCCAAGAUAUGCCAGCAAUCUUCAUGACACAUAUGUAGUCAUCACACUGCCAUCUCAGCCUAGCUCUCCAGUAGACAGUGUCUCAACUCAAGCUCCCUCAAGCCCUGGCCCAGCAUCUCCCUCACACCAAGCUUGGCCCCAAAGUUAUCAUCAAACACAGCCUCACCCUCAAUCAUAUCCACAACAGUAUCCAUUAGCAACCUCUCCUCAAACAACCAGGGUGCCUCUGGCAUAUACACAAGUCACAGAAUCCAUUGAAAGUCAAGACAUAUGUGGCCCAGAAAAACAUGUAUCUAGUUCUUGUCACAUUAUUGAGGCUAUAUCUGCCUCAGCACAGCCAUCUGUGGCUAUGCCUAACCUCAUCUCUCAAGUGGUCACCACAGAAGUCCAAAGGACCACUGUCUCUGUUGUUCAUGAAAGGGCACCACCACCAGUGCCAGCUCCAAGGGCAAAUGGUGUCCCAUUGUUGAUGGAAAAACCUAAACCCCAGUUGCCAGCACAGAUUGGGCAGGCCUUGCAGCCUUCUGAGGUGGUAGAUCUUAGAACUAUGAAGGUGGACCAAGAAUCAGACAAGAAUGGUGUGGAUCUGUCUGGUGGCCCAGAGACAAGACGUCAGUCGUAUGCAGCUGAUGCCAUUUGUCAGAGCAGUGCAGUUCAGCCAUCUGUAGUCAACCUCAGUGCUGAAUCAUCUACUGUUUCUAUUGUGACUGAUAGCAUCACCAUUGUUACCUGUGCUGCUACAAUUCAGCAAUGUGACAGUGUAGACACCUCUCAGACAUCAUCAGUGCCCCUUCAGCUAACAAAAAACAAAGCAUUUGAGCCUGUUUCUCAAAUUAUAUAUCGACCAAUUGAUUCUCAGCCUUCUACUCAUGCUGGUACAGAAAUCCCUAUUAACCUCUCAAGCACAGGUGGAGGAACAUUCCAGACCAUCCCUGUCACUCUUCCACCAGCUUCUGUUGCAAGUUGUGCUGCCAAUGGAUUAACUACGGAUACAGCCACAGUGGCAGGAGCUGUCAACCUUAGUACAACAAAACCAUUCAACAGUGUGGUAUCAGUGGAUACCACUUCUGUAGUCACAGCUGUAAUCACAGAUGAUGACGGCAAACCAGUAGAUCUGACGGCAGGAAAAAGAGCUGUAUGUUGCGAUGUUGUGUACAAGCUCCCAUUUGCAAGAAGCUGCACUACUCAGCAGCCUACUACACCCCUGCCUGAAGACCGUUUUGGAUAUCGUGAUGACCAUUACCAGUAUGAUCGAUCAUCUUAUGGCAUGAGAGGGUUUGGUGGAAUUAAACCAUCAAUGUCAGACACUAACCUAGCAGAAGCUGGCCUGUUCUUUUACAAGAGUAAGAACAGCUAUAAUUUCAGUGGCACCACAGAGGGUGCAGUAGAUCUUACCUCAGCAAAGAUAUCUGAUGCAGGUGAAGCUGUUGACUACUCCAAGAAAGGGACAUACACAGGAAUGACAAUUCCACCCUAUUCCCAAGCCAGAGUCACAAGUGGUGUUGGUACACUCUUUGGCACAAGUAACGUCCUGAGGUCAUCAAAUGGGGUGGUCUAUUCCUCUGUUGCAGCACCAAUCCCAUCUACAUAUGCCAUUACCACCCAACCUGGGUCCAUCUUUAGUACGUCAUACAACACCCCGUCAGGGAUGCACACCAGUGACACCAUGCCUUCCCUGUCCAAUCUCCAAAACCUGCCACUUACACGGUCUCAUAGUUUCCUGUCCACCAUCUCCACUACUGCAACAGAAGAACAAGAAGAUGUCCCGCUCAAUCUGGAGAUCUCUAGGGGGGUUAUUACUGCUGCCAAUGCUGACACCACAGCAACAACCUCUUUAACCCUUGACACCUACACAAAUGCAUCUCUGGAGGCCAUAGCUGCUUCAUUGGAGGCUCUGUCUUCACCAAUGGUUCCAGGAGAUGGCCAAUAUCAGGCAGAGCGUGAGAGGCUAGAAAUGGAGAAACUCAAGCAACAGUGCCUGGCUGAGGAGUUAGAGCGGGAGCGCCAGGAGAUUCAGCGGUUCCGCGAGCAAGAGCAGCUCCUAGUACAGAAAGAACUUGAGGAGCUGCAAGCCAUGAAGCAACAGAUCCUGGCACAGCAAGAAGAGGAAAGACAGGCUCACCUAAUGAUGCAGAAAGAAACCUAUGCCCAGCAGCAACAACAACUUGAGCAGAUUCAGAGGCUCCAAGAGCAAUUACGCUUGCAAUUGGAAGAACAAAAGCUUCGUCAGAUGUACCCAGGUGGGGACAUACCAGGGAAUGGCUUGCAGGAGGCACUCAUCUUAGGACCUGAUGGCACAGUGCUGGCCCGAAAGAUUACAGAUAGUGGGUGUCAGACAGAUGAAGAGGAUGAGGCAGUCAGCAAAGCUUACACAGCAGGGAGAAAAAAGAAAAGUGCUAAAAAGAGUGUUGACAGUUGUGUUCAGACUGAUGAUGAGGAUCAAGAGGAAUGGGAAUCUCAGACCAGAACCCGACAAAGCCGGCCAUCCCGUGCCAGGGGUGAGAGAGGUGGGCAGUCAGAGGUGUCUCUUCAAGCCCACACUGAGAUUUCUAUACAAACGGAUACAGAGGGGAACAUUAGAAUGGACACCAGGAUGGAGCUGUCUGACUCUGAAAGGACCUCACCAAAGAAACGACCCACCCCCUUAGAAAUAGGCCAGUCUUCUAACCUCAAAGUUGAUUCCUCUACAAUUCAAGCCCCUCCUAAAUCUCCUAAAGUGCUCUAUUCACCAAUAUCCCCCUGUAUAUCCCCUAGCAAAUCCCUUGAGUUUGUGUCCUAUGACAAAUCACUUGGUGAUACAAGCCCACAAAAGCUAAGAGGAAGUACAGAUCCAUUAAAAGGCUCUCCAGCAAGUCCUAGGGGACCAAAAGCCAUUCAGAGAUCCAUGUCUGACCCCAAGUCCUUGAGCCCAACAGGAGAAGAGAGGGCAACAUCUGGCACCCAGUAUGGUGAUAGCUAUACUGGGAAAGGGUCAGGGGGCACACCGACCAACACUCAGAAGAAGGUUAAAAGGACUCUCCCCAAUCCACCAUCAGAAGAUGAGUCAACAACCAGUGGCCAGGCAGCAUACAGCACUGGUUCUGCCCGCCGAAGAAUGUGCCGGAAUUCCAACAUGGCACGCGCCAAGAUCCUGCAAGACAUUGAUCGUGAGCUUGAUCUUGUGGAGCGGGAGUCUUCGAAGCUCCGCAAAAGGCAAGCAGAGCUGGAUGAGGAAGAGAAAGAGAUUGAUGCCAAGCUUAGGUACUUGGAGAUGGGCAUUAAUCGUAGAAAAGAUGCGCUACUAAAGGAGAGAGAGAAGAGGGAAAGGGCCUAUUUACAGAGUGUUGCUGAGGACAGAGACUACAUGUCAGACAGCGAGGUUAGUAAUAUACGUGAGACUAGAGGUGGACGUGGAAGUGGUGAGGAUGAGGAGAUUGAAAGCCAUGGCCUUGAACGUCCCAGGACAGCUCCUCAGUCAGAAAUGGAUGAUUUUGUUCCACCUCAAACCAAGAAUGAAUAUGGAAAAUACUCCCAGUACCAAUACCCUCAAAGCCAGUACCAGCAGGCUCUCUACCAGAAUCCCCAGUCUUACCAGUCUCAUUCGAUCUUCUCCUCUGUCCCCUCCCUCACAACCUCCCAGCAGCAGAGUUAUCACCAGAUGCUCUUGUUGCAGCAGAAAGCUGCCAGACAAGCAGCCCUCCUCUCAGAGCUGGAUGCAACUAAAUAUGAUGUCAUUAACCACCAGCCUGAUUCUACAUCGUCUGCCUAUCUGGGAGUCAAAUAUGACAAAUAUGGCAACCAUCUUGACCUCAGAGCGCUGGAGGUGGGAAGUAUAGCAGGUAGCCCCAUGUCAGCGGUCUCUGAUUCCUAUUACACAGAUGUAGAUCACCAUACACCUCGGAGUUACAUGCUGCUGGAAGAUGCUGCAGAACUAGCUAAGGGUUCCACAGCUCUGUCUGCAUCUUAUAGUCUGGCUGAGAGGGAGCUGGCUAAAGCAGAGAAGCUGCUGCGAAGGAGUGCUGCAGAUCUGGGAUCUACUGACUAUCUGGGAUCCACCUCCAGACUCCAUACUUUUGAAAAGACAGCUGAUGAAGAGGAUACAAUGGAGGAACCCUAUGAACUGAAACUCCUGAAGCAGCAGCUCAAACAAGAGUUUAGGAGAAGCACAGGUGGGACAGAAAGUCUAGAACAACUGGCAGGUCUCUCUCAGCACUACUACACCCCAAGCACUGGCAUCUCUAGUUACUCCCAAAGACACUAUCCAAAGUCAGACAAGUACAGCAUCAGUCGACUUACUCUAGAGAAGCAGGCAGCUAAACAACUCCCAGCACCUAUGUUGUACCAAAAACAUAAGACUCCACUGUUAGAUCCUAAAAUCUCCUCCAAGUAUUCUUCUAUUACAGACAGCAGAUGUUUGGAGACAGACUAUACCAGCUAUCUGGGGUCAACCAGUGCAUCCUCAAGAUCCAGCCGGCUCAUGCAAGAUGAGAUUACCUUUGGCCUUCGUAAGAAUAUUGCAGAGCAGCAAAAGUACCUUGGGUCCACCUUGGGUGCCAACUUGGCUGGGUCACUAAAUUUGGGCCACAGCUUAGGUCUGGACUCUGCCUAUCCUAGUGGUAGCCGCUCAAGACCUCCAUCCAGGCCCACAUCUUGCUAUGGCCUAGACUUGUCAAUCAAAAGAGACCUUUCAAGCUCUUCACUGAGGCUUAAAGGAGAUGGAGAAGCAUCUGGAGAUGGACCAACCUAUCAAACUCCCUCUGGUCGCACUAAACCCACCAGCCUUCCUAUUGUGCAAAGUGGGCGUGGACGGAUACCAAUAGUGGCUCAGAACUCAGAGGAAGAGAGUCCAUUGAGCCCUGUUGGGCAACCUAUGGGAAUGGCCCGUGCAUCAGCGGGACCUCUGCCGCCCAUCUCAGCUGAUUCAAGGGACCAGUUUGGUUCUUGCCUGUCCUUGCAGGACUCCCAGCAGCAGCAACAUAUCAGGGAAGAGGCAUCCAGGAACAGGAGUUAUGCGCUGCUGGAUGACCUUCAGGGCACCAUGUCAGAUAGUGAAGCCUACCACCUUAGACAAGAAGAGACAGACUGGUUUGACAAACCUAGAGAUGGGCGUUCAGACAAUGGCCAAGAAAAGAGACAGGGAAAAGGCCCGUACUACCCCUUCCCUCACCUCAGGGUCAAACUGCAGAGGGAUGUCAAAGACCGCAGUGUCUCAGGAAAUGGUCUGGGUAUCCGUGUGGUUGGAGGAAAAGAGGUCCCUGGCAGUAAUGGAGACAUUGGAGCUUAUGUUGCCAAAGUUCUACCGGGUGGAGCUGCAGAACAAACAGGAAAAAUUCUUGAAGGAAUGCAAGUCCUGGAGUGGAAUGGUGUUCUUCUGACAGGAAAAACCUAUGAAGAGGUGCAAGGGCUUGUCGGACAGCCAUGCCAUGAGGCAGAAGUGUGUGUCAGACUUGAUCUCAACAUGUUGGCUGAGUCUGAAGAUUCCCAGCACCAGGAUUUCCAGGUGCACAGCAUAAGUGACAGACCUCCCAGGUCCCCGGGCGUUGACCCCAAGCAGUUGGUGGCCGAGCUGCAGAAAGUGUCACAGCAGCAGGCUCCCACCUCCACCUCUUUCUCUGGUCUGCCCACCACCACUUCGGCGACCUCUAGCCCAGGUCAGCCAGGAUCCCCAUCCAUCAGUAAGAAACGCCACAGCAGCAAGACUGCAGAGGGAACAAAGACUCCAUCCCAUCCCAUCUCUGGAGAGAUACAGCUCCAAAUCCAUUAUGACAAGCAGCUCGGAAACUUGAUUGUCCAUGUCCUUCAGGCCAGAAACCUUAGCCCAAGGGACAAUAACAGCUACUCGGACCCAUUUGUUAAAGUGUAUCUUCUGCCAGGGAGAGGUCAGGUCAUGGUUGUCCAGAACGCCAGUGCUGAAAACAAGAGGAGGUCCAAACAUGCAGGCAAGAGUCUCAACCCCGAGUGGAACCAGACUGUCAUCUAUAAGAACAUCCACCUUGAGCAGCUGAGGAAGAAGACCCUGGAGGUGAGCGUGUGGGACUAUGACAAGUGCUCCUCUAAUGAUUUCUUAGGAGAGGUCCUUAUUGACCUGUCCAACACCUCCCAGCUGGACAACAUCCCACGGUGGCUCCCUUUGAAGGAGCAGAGUGAGGGGGACCACCACCGGCAGUCCCACACAAGCCAGGGCCGACAUAGUUCCUCUAAACCCUCCUCACAGCACUCCUCCCCUAAAACCACUGGCUCUUCACAUGAUAAGGAUCAAGAUUCCCCCAAAUCAUCUGUCAUCAAAAGCCGAAGCCACGGGAUUUUUCCAGAUCCGGCCAAGGACAUGCAGGUGCCCACUAUCGAGAAAUCUCACAGUAGUCCUGGUACAUCGAAGCCUUCCCCUUCCGAGGGCCAGAGCCAAAGCCACAGCCACGGACACAGCCAACACUCUCGUUCACAUGGCGCUUCACGCUCCAGCAAAAGCGCUGCACGGCAACACCAUCAUGACAGUGGCACUGGAAGCAGCGGAGGCACUGCCAUAGCAACGGGCGAUGCCCCACAGCAGUCACAGCAGGAGCAGCCGCUGCAGCGCCCCCAACCAAGUAAACCAAGACUUCUUACAUUCUUGGACCCAACAGAGGUGCAGUUUUUCCUCUUGUCUCUUUAUCGUGAUGUGUGUGGUAUCUCUGCACAGCUCGGUCAAGCCACAGAUCCAGCGAUGCCCCGGUCCCCGGUCACGGCAGCUUCAUUGGACAGCGGCCUGAGUGGCAGCAUCCACAGCCUGGUGGACGAAGAAGUGGAGACAAAUGAGGUGGACAGUGCCAUCUUCCAGGUGCCCCGAUUUGGAAAGAUCCAAAAUGGCACAGAUGUGAAAUCAUCACUGGGACACAGUGACGCUGAAGGCAAGUCCCAGGUAAUGGGGGAGAUAAAGAUUGCUCUGAAGAAGGAGGCGAAGACAGAGGGUGAGCACCUGGUCCUUGAGAUUCUUCAGUGUCGCAACAUCACCUACAAGUUCAAGACUCCAGACCACCUGCCUGAUCUUUAUGUGAAGCUUUAUGUGGUGAAUAUUGCCACCCAGAAAAGGAUUAUCAAAAAGAAGACCAGAGUGUGUCGUCAUGACAGGGAACCAUCUUUCAAUGAAAUCUUUCGCUUCUGUAUGAACCCUACUGGACACUCUCUACAGCUAUUUCUGGUGUCCACUGGUGGCAAGUUUGUGAAGAAGACCCUCAUCGGGGAGGCCUAUGUGUGGCUGGACAAAAUCGACCUUCGUAAACGAGUAGUGAGCUGGCACAAGCUGCUCGCCAGCACUGCCCAGAUCCAGUCAUAGAACAAGAUUAUAUUAAAAAAUUACUAAACAAGCAUGGAGGGGUUUCCAACAUCUGGGGACAAAUUACCAAAUAUGCAUGGAGAGGUUUCCACCAUCUGGGGACUCUUUAAGUUCAACAUCUGUAACACUGCUCCACUUGUGCUAGGACGGGAAAUAUUAUCGCGUUUUGCUGUCUUUGUUUCAGGGCUCGGAUAGCUUGAGUUUUGGAAAGUAAAAAGAAGUGUUCUGAUGAUGAUUUCUGUCAUGCAGGAAGAUUAGAGGAAGUAGUUAUGUGUUUACAGGAAGUGAACACAUGUUUACAGGACAUAUGAUGUACAGCAGUGUAGCCAGGGUGAGGAGAACACUGGUGCUGAGUUCAAGUGCGGAAUCAACCAGGUAUUACAAACUUUAUUUUGCAAACACAUACAUAAACACUAUUAUUUACUGUGCAACUUUGUAUUCUUAAUUUUACUUUGAACAGAUACAGGGAAUGAACACACUUGUAGAUUCUAAUUUUAUCUACUUAGAUGUUUUAUCCAUGAAAGGUUUUCCUUAUUGCUUUAUUAUGAUCUGCAGAGUUUUAUUGAUUUACAAAGCAGUUUGGCAAUAGAAUAUUCCACUAUGGAGACCUGUCAUUUAUUUUUGUAUUAUGAUAUUAGUGUAGAAUUCUAUUAUUUGUCUUCUCUUCAAUUAUUUAAGUACUUAAAAAUCUAUCCGGGGAUGGAAGUAUAGUAUAUUUUAUAACACACUACCUAGCAUUCCAGUUUAAGAGGGAAAAAAGUCUCAGCAAGCAUGUUUUUGACUCUAGAAAUAAAACCAACUACAUGUUCCUCCAUCUUUUUUCUCCUUAACUGUAACCUAAGUUCUAUCAAAUGAUCUUUAUUGUUUGGCAAAUUAUAAACAUUAAUAUAUAUCUAUUUGGACACUAUAUAUUGUGCACAUGAUUCUAUUUAUUUGGUAUGUAGUGCCACAUGUUCUGCACAGAAAAAAAUCACCAAGGUUCACUUUGUAUAUAAUGAAUUGUCAUAGCUGGAAAUGAAUUAUAACAUAUAGAGAUAGAUGUAUAGAUAUCUUUAUCAGAGACAAUCGAGUCUUGUUGAUUGUGAUGUAGAGGUUCUAUUUACCCAUGACACCCCUUAGAAUUUGAGACAUUUACCAUUUGAGAUUUAAGCAUUUCUUAAUUUUUUUGUGAGAUCCAAGCACAUUACAAGUCCUAUAUCAGUCCUGCUUUUGUUGGUGAGGGCAGUCAACAAUGCACGCUUUUGUGGUAUAUUGCAUAGAAUGUACAACUGGCAUCAUCAGCCUGCUAAAGAUGAAAUAGGUGAAGUACGGUGGUAAAGAAAUGGGCCGGAAACUAUCCAAUGAAAAGCACUAUUACCAACCUACUGUAAGAUACAACAAUGCUACUACAGUAGCAUGUUGGUGUUUUGUCCCAGCUUUUUAGUCAUAUCUGUGUCAUCUUGAUAUUACCAUUUACACUUCAAAUCAUCAGUGUUGUGUCCUAAAAAUUCUACCAUGCCCAUACUGUCCUCAGAAAGGUCAUCCUGUGUGCUUGUAUGGGGUCAAGAGGCAGGACACCAGUUCAUUUAACAUUUUGAGUUGAACUUAGCAGUGAAACUACACUUAAUGUCUCAGUGAUUUCUAUGCAACAUGUACUGUAUGAAGAUAGUGACUGCAUCUUGGCUUGCCAGAAAUGUGACUGUCUGUCAAAAAGUGAACAUUUGUAUAGUUUUUUUUUUUUUUUGCACUGCUGUGUUUUCAUGUCCUCCAUGAAAUGGUUACUGCUUUAAUAUGAUUUUUUUAAUGCAUUAUUUUGUAUUGCUAUAUGGAUCUUCAUUUAAUGCCUGUGAGACUCUUUCAUAUGUUGUAUUAUAUUUGUUUACAGUGCAUAUCAAGUGUACAGAAAAAAGAUGAGAAAUUUUGUUUUUAUACACAAUGUAGUGCUUGUUUACAAUAUUUAGAGGACCUGAAACUCAGAGAACUAACUUUUUGCCCUUGUAAACAAACACACACUCAUGUGGAAAUUAACACAAAGAUUCCCAGUUUCAUGUAGAAUCAAGAUAAGAAAAAAAGGCCAUUCCUAUUCAAAUGAUUCCCACCUUUUUAUGCAUUUCCCUUUGAAUAGUUUCAUUUUCCACUAUCUGUAUGAGAAAUUACCAAAAAGACAACAUCAUAAUCAUUGGAUGCUAUACCUGAAAUGGUAGCAAUCAGUUUGUGUGGUUUUUUUUAUAUCAUAUGCUUGUGUCUAUAGCAUCUUCUUAUUAAUCCCAUGCAUGUCAUUGGCUCCAAAGCAUAUCUAUUCCUUUAAAUGUUGUCUGUCUAAAAAUAAAAUCUCUCAUAACACAAAGAAUUACACCUGCUCACACACUUGCACCAUCUCUCUCUAUUUCCAACAUUGUAAAUACAUAUCUUUUUUAUACUGGGGUUUGGGGAGCAAUAGGUCUUUUAGCAGACAAAAAAGGUAUGUGAUUGUCAAAGUAACGAGAAGCCGUUUUUCUCUUGAUCAAUGUACAGUACAGUGGAUAGACUGAGAAACAACCUUAUGUCUGUCUAUAGGGACCAAGAUUUACCCAGCCCUUCACAUCAAGCACUAAAAAUUUACUAGAGUCUGACUACAUAGAAAUCUAUCUUAACAACUCAAGUAGUUGCAGGACAAUUUAAAUGUGAUCAUACUGGAUGUUGCAUGUUUUGUUGGUGGUUCAUACUAUUUUUGUGUCCAGAUAUUAUAAAAGGGGAAAAAAAGAAUGAGGUAGAGAAAGAUAUAAAAUAAAAUAUAGCAGGGGAAAUUAUGAAGAAACCUAAAUUAUUGAUGAUGUGUGCUGACUGUACAAAGAUUUAUGCUUGAAAAACCUGUCUGAUUUUUCAUUUGUAAGUAACACAAAAAACCUACUGUCAUGGUUUUGUGAUUGUACACAGGAGGUAUUGAUAAAUUAUGCAAAUUGUGCUGUAAAAAUGGCUGUUGCCCCAUAUCUAAAUAUUAAA